CUUACAUCCUUAAAACAGUGAAGACUACAAAAUCAGCCAUGCCUCCUAGGCUCAAUGCCUUUCUUUUUGUUUUCCUCAUAUUACUCAUCUAUUCAUCUUCAGGCAUGGUUGAAGGCUUCAAUGAUGGCGUGAACCCCUUUUACCGGAGCCACAAGGAUGGUGUUCAACUGAAUUCAAGAAAGCUUCCUGUGCUUGAAGCACUAUUGUUGGAUUAUGAUGAUGCAGGAGCCAAUAGCAAACAUGAUCCCAGGAAAGGGAAACCUGGAGUUGGUGGCAAGAACCCAUAACUGCACUCAUCAUGCUUUUGAGACAAAACUAUGUGCUAGAUGCCAUUCCAAAGAGAUUUUUGACCAUGAAUGAGGAGACAUAAUAUAUCACUUUAUAUGAGUUCCUCAUAUGUUAAUAGUGUCCUGGUCCUCUUGCUAGCAAAUAGGGAAUAAAAGGUGAUUUAGGGUGGUAUUUCAGAUGCUCUUUGGGUACUCCUUUG